AUGUCGUCUCACAAGAACGUCAGGCUUGGCCCUCACGUGUCGCCACACCAACGUGAACUGUUGGUGGCGUUCAUGGAGGGCCAUCCGUACCUUGUGCGGACAUCAUGCGCACUCACACCGGAGUGCACGGUCGAGCGGAGGCGGCAGCUUUGGAGUGAGCUCGCCGCCCUGCUGAACACAGAGGGCCCGGCCGCCAAGACAGCCGAACAGUGCGGCACGGGUGGAGGCCGUCUGCCCGGCCUUCGUGGCCGUGUCAUUGCCUUAGUGGGCACCUCCACGGUGACCGGAGUGUGCGAGCCCUUCUACCAACCGCUCGACGAGCCCGCCAUGGAGGUGACCGUCCAAACGCAAUCUGUGGGCACCACCGCUGGAACAAGCGGCCUUUCACGUGAAGGAGCACUGCAGCAGCCAGGAGUGGUCCCUGUUGAGCCACUGCCCCGAAGCCCUCCAGCCACUGCACAGCCUGCAGCUGGCCCUGGCGGAGCGAGAACCAGCUACCAACCCCGGGUGCAGCGCCGGUCUCGAGGCCCUCGUCGGGUAUCUCACCGGGAGGCCUUAGUUGAACGGCUCGCGGACGACUACGCCAGAACCGUCGUACAGAACGACGAGACAAACGAACUCCUUCGUGGUAUCCGCCAGGGCGUAGACCGGCUGGCUGCAGCUACUGAGCGGGUCGUGGCUGCUGUGGAGCGGCAGGCUGACCAAGUAGCGGAGGCACUGCGGCCAGUAGGGCAGCUUUCGCAGCUCUUGGGCCAGCUAAUGCAGGAGGCAGUGGCUGCAAGGAGGCAAUAG